UAUAAACUGAGUGUAUCUGGAUUCAUCAAUGGAGGGGCGGGAGACUCCUUGAGUAUUCACAGCGGACAGAAGUUCUCCACCUUUGACAAAGACCAGGACACCUGGCCCGGUAACUGUGCCAGAUCAUUCUUGGGGGCGUUCUGGUACAACGACUGUCACUAUACAAACCCUAACGGGGUUUAUCGCUGGGGGGCUGACAGCACUCUCUAUGCUGUUGGUGUGGCGUGGUACCAUUGGAAGGGUUAUGACUACUCCCUGAAGACCAUCAGCAUGAAGAUCCGUCCUGUGCAGUAGUUCUCCAGGACCAACGUACAGCAGAAUAUCAGCAGCUGAUCUCUCUCCUCAUUUCUUUCUCUUUCUCUCAUUAAGCAUGUAAUCUGACAACGGGCCUUAUUUUCCUGAAACUGGGCACGAGCACAAUCCACCAGCAGCAGAACACCAACUCAGAUUAGUCCUUUUUGUUACCGUCUGUGGCUCAAAGCGGCCCAGAAUCUUUAAAUGGAAACAGAUAUUUAGAGUCUGAUCGUGUGAAAAGCUGAUAGUGACAGGUUUGAAACCCU